GAACAACUGGAAGGUGAAGCGCUGGUGAAGUUAUUACAGAGUAACCGAUGUAUUUGCGGAAUUUAAUUUUAUUACCUAGUCUCUAGAAUUCACUGCCAUUACUAGCAAUGAUAUGUAAAAGGCUGAUUUAAGCUAAGCCAGAUAAGCUAAUUGCGGUUGGUUAACCCAGCGCGAGACAGUUUUUGACCAAUGACAAGGCUGUGUUCACGCGACAUUAACUGUCACUUUAAUUGUCUCCAUAGCAACGCCUUGAACUGUCAAUUGACGCAAAUAGGAUACUACCAAAUAAUUUUUCUUCUGGUGUGUAUUUGUUUAUAACUACCUUUUCUAUAUUAAAAUGUCUUCACCUGAGUCGGACUCCGAAGUUGUAACUUUAGAAGAUGAAGACGAGGAAAAGAUGUAUGAAUUGAUUUAUAACAUGAACACCACAGAUAACAAGGAGGAAAAAGACAAGGAUCAAAUACCAUCCAGCUCUGGACACACACCUGUGUGUCUGAAAAUGUAUUCUGAAAGGAGGACACAUACAGUUGCUGGUAAUACAAAGGGACUAGAUAUGGAGGCAAUCGAUAAUAUUCAGGGAAUCCCAGAACUGAAGGUGAAUGCAGAGGAAAAGCCGUGGAGGAAAGCUGGUGCUGACCUCUCAGAUUACUUUAACUAUGGUUUUGAUGAAGAAAGCUGGAGCGCCUACUGUAAGAAACAGUCGAAAGUCCGCGCAGCUAAUAGAAAACUAUGCACUAAAAUCAUGGUCCAGAAGGGGCACACUAGACAUGAAGAAAAAGAGUCUUGUUCUACUUGUCAUUCCUCAGGCAGCUCAACUAUACUAGCUACCAGACAGUCAAGUGUUACAGCUGAUGUGAUUGGAGGACGACCUGGAUCUAGCACACGAGUGGAAGGGCGCCAGUGUCUCAGUGAUGAAGGAAACAAUACUCAGGUGGUUACUGAAAUGUCCCCCGAGAAGAAUAGAAUUACUUCUUAUCAUCUUCCCCCUCCAUCAACCAUCAAUUCUCUCUUUGCAUUCACCCCUCCACCAUCUUUCCUUUACCGACCAGGACCUCCUCCCGUCUCCCUGCUUGCUACUUUCGAUAGUGGACACUCUAAAGGCUCUGAUGACCCUUCAACUUCACUGAAGCCAUGUUCAUUAGGUGUGUCAUCCUUAAUCCCAAGGAGUAUGGCCUUUAGCGCUGGAGUGAUUGACACUGCCAAGGCCUGGGAAUGCUACAUAUGGCAGGAAAAAUGUGACAAGGACAGAGACAGAUCCAGACAGUAUGGCCAUGAUAAAGACAGUCAAAGAGGCAGAGAUAGAGACAGGAAGAGCUGCUCCUCUUCACACAACAGAUCAAACAAAAUGUACAAAUAUAUGCUGGGCAGCUGUUGCCUUCUGGAUUGGGCAACACAUAAUAUAUAGGUUCUGGUCCAGAUAUGCAGUCUGUUUUGGGCUUGUUCAAAAUGUGUGCAUUUUCCAGCCUCUCUCUCUCCCUGCCACAGACAUAUAUAUUUGUACAGCAAGAAAGAUUUGCUGUAGAGUGAUUGAAAACUUCAGAAGAAAGACAAAAACAGAACAAAGAAUGAAAACGAGUGUAGAUCUGUGAAACAGUCUGUUUGCCAGGUGAGGCAGGAGAUAAUUGCAGAGCAAGGUGUUGAAAUCAGUGCUGGGUAGAAUUUCAG